CCAGUCGUUAUGGGGAGCGAGGAAUUCGUAAAUCUUUAGUCCCUUCUUCAAACAAAGCUGAGGGGAACCGAACCAGAGGGCGUCCGUCAGUACCCGAUGCUUUCGCCAUGGUUUAUCGCUUCUGCUUUACUCCCCAGGUACGAACCCCUUAUUGGGGUAAUGGAUUUGGGUUUUGAUUUUUAGGGUUUUAUUUGCUUUCCUGAAAAAAGAAAGCAACAAACCCUCUUGUUUACCCCCAUAUUCAAAGAACACAAAUCCUACCCUUCUUGUUGAUGAUGUUUAAUUGCGUGUUUGAGCUUUUGGGUUCUUGAAAACCCGGUGAAUUUUCCAUAUCCGAAGCUAGAAUGAACUAGGGUUUUGUACCUUGUUUUGAAUGGUGAUGAAUUUUAGGGUUCUGUGCUUCUUUUUGGUUCUGUUUUUUGUUCUGUUCUAAUUGAAAUUAGGGGUUUUUGAAAUUAGGGACUGAAGGAACAAACGAAGGGAAGAUUUGGGUGUUGAGGGUUUUUGAGUUUGGUUAUGUAAUGGCCUAUGACGGAAACGAAGAUCAAAAUAGGAGGAUGGAUCUGAAUUUGUAUCUGGGUCUACCUCGUUCACCCCGGCGAGCAGAAUCGGAUCUUGGUUCUGAUCUUGCACUGGGAUCCUUACCCAUCCCUGGUGAAGGCGAAAUUCAAGGCUCAACUGAGAUGUCUGGUUACGCAGAUGCCUCUGAUUCGCAUGCUCCAUACUCACCAUCUCAUGCUUCGUACUCCCCAAACCCUCAGACUGUUGAACCCCUUGACCCUAAUGAGAAUUCACCUUUUGAGUAUUCUGAUUACUCCCCACAACCACCUUAUCCAACUGUUACACUGUCAAUCGAUCCUAGUGAUGAACCACUUGUUCAUGAAGGAAGGUCCCAUCUUGAGUAUAAUCCUUACUCUCCAUCAUAUAACUCUCCAUCAUAUAUUCCUGUUUCCCCAAUUGUAGAAGCUGGGCUAGAACCUCAAAGUGAUGAUGUAAUCGAUCCAAUUGAUCAUGCACCUUACUCUCCUAUCUAUGUGCCGGCCUCAAACCUUGAGCAUGAUGGUGAAACCCUGGAUCAUGAGGAUAGCAACCAUAUUGAAUAUGUCCCAUACUCACCUUCUUUUGUUCCAGCUUCGUUCUCACCCCCUCGUGAGCCCGAUGAACCAUUGAUUCAAGAUAAUGAUCCCCCAUACAUCCCUAAUAUCCCAACUACUGAAGUCCACAGUGAUGCAUUACAUGAGGGGAUGGGGUUCGUAGCAUAUCAAGCAGCCACACAAACCAGGGAAGCUUUUCGUCGGGAGCUUCUUCAAUGUCCACAGGUUCGUUUCCGUAGAUUGAUUGAAUCAACUCGGCGAUGGCGGCUCCGGAGGUUCAGGUCAUCAAUUCCAUACAGGUUUGGUCCUGAUUUGGGUGCUUUUUCCUCUGGAAGUCAUCCCUUUGAUGAUGAAACACCGGUUGAAAGAUCUCCUGAAGCUCACUGUGGGGCACAAAAAACAACUUUGGAAGGUCAUGCUGCUGAGGAUUUGGAAGAGGAAAAGGAGCAGGGUAGUGUUGGUGCUAAUUUUGACUGCAAUAUCUGUUUGGAUGUAGCUAAGGAGCCGGUGGUUACUUCUUGUGGUCAUUUAUUUUGUUGGCCAUGUAUAUACCAAUGGUUGCAUCUGCACUGUGAUCACAAAGAAUGUCCUGUAUGCAAAGGGGAGGUGAAUGAGUCAAAACUAAUUCCUAUUUAUGGUCGGGGGAGUUCUGAGAAGGAGUCUGACAAGAAGGGGCAGGAAGAUGGGGAUUCAGGUUUGAAGGUACCUCCCAGACCUCGUGGACAAAGGUUUGAGAGUUUGAGGCAGAGGAUACGGAGACCUCAUUUAAGGAGAUCUGUGGAAGAACGUGGAUCGCGGAGAGUUAUACAGGGUGAAGAACCACAAAAUGAAAACAGAGUUGAUAGGCAGGGCGAGCCAGUUCUUCAUGGAGUUUUCGAUGCAGCUAACCGUCGAACCAUAACUAGGUUGAUGGAAGUUCAGCGACUACAAAGGACGGACUCACAAAGGGCAGAGAGCUUACAAAGCGUAUUAAACUUUUGGGGAAGUGGACCAUCCCGAAAUGCUACUGAGUUGGAUUCAGACCAUGCACGUGUUGGUAUCUCACCUCCCAAUCCGUUUCAUGGAGGGGGCCCCUUGAGUUCUUCACCUGGUCUUUCACGACACGGGAUUAGCUUUUGGCCUCAACAUGCUUUCUUUAGUUCAACUUCAACUUCAACUGAUAGAUUGGCUGCCAUAGCUGCUGAUGUUUCUAGUGUGAGAAUGGGGAACAGUGGUAACCAUUCUGGGGCUUCAACAUCAGCAAGCCCUCGGGUUACCAAUGUUGUGAAUGUUCAGGGCCCUCGAGAGGCAGUUGUAGCUGCAGAUCAAGCUUCUGCUUCAAGCACAAUGGCUGUUAUACAGGAUGAUGCUGGACUUCCCGUUGAUGCUCCUGCAGAGCCAAAUAGUGUGGGUUCUUCCCAUGCCCCUAGAAGGCGGAGAAGAAAUAGUGUGGCUGGUUCAUUAGAUGUAGAUGGAGGAGUUCAUCAAGCGCGCAAAAGGAGACGGAUAAACUAAUUUAUAAUAGAACAAAGCUUUUAAAAUAAGAUUCUAUCUUUUCGCUUUCUCCUAUGGGUGGAUUGAAUCUCUUGCGGGGGUGUAUACUGUAAUUUUUAGUUUCAAUUUAUAUUUUGUUGGCUUUUUUAGGUAAGUUAUCAUAUUACUUUUUUGACCAAUGUAAUUUGGUUUCAUUC